GCCAAAUACGUAAGUCGUAAGUCUAGGCAUGAGUUCAUCGGUGGUCCUGUCAUCUUAUGCCGGUGUGUUUUGUGCAGGUGCCACAAUGUCCACGGCCAAGACGCUUUCGGUUCCCGAUGGCACCUCGGGCAACGAGCGCCUCUCCGCCUCCUCCCCCCCACCCCCCAGGCCGCUGCCCAGCCCCUCAGCAAACGUACACACAGGGGGGACCCCUAGAAUGAAAGAAAACACCUUUUUGAUUCAUUCGCGCAUGUGGUUUCUGCGCAGGAACGGUCCAAGAGUGCGGCCCCUCGUCCAAGUCUGGCGCGGACGGCCAAGAGCAAGCAGACCAAGAGCUGCACCUCUUUGAAUGAGGCCUAUGACAACUUUCGAUGGCCGCUGCCAAAGAUGUUUGGGUGAGGAGGGAGGAAAAAGACGUCGGCGGGGUAUGUGUGGACGUCUGUCUGUCUGUCUGUCUUGUUUGGUGUCGUGCCAACAGGGAGGAGACGUACGCUUACACUGAGAUCGAAAUCCACGACCCUCGGGUGAGAACGUGGGUCGGAAAGCCUCUCGAAGGGGCAGUACAUUUCGCAAUAUGUGUGUGUGUGUGUGUGCCUUGCAUGCCACGAAUGCACCUAUCUAUGGUUUUUCAGUAUAGCGACGAGCUGAAGCAGAUGAAUCGUGACCUCAAGGACGCGUUAGAGAAGGAGCAGAUGGUAGAGAAGCAGUGGCGGAUGUGCUACGCCGGCCUCACCAAGGCAGAACACAGACGCAAGGUUGGUAUGCCCAAAGACGCACACACACGCAAGAGACACCUCUGCCCUGUCCGUGGAUCGUCGAUGUCCUAUCGAUGUCGCCAGACACUGUCUGCUUCUGCGCCUGACAAGACCAAGUCCAAAUUCGGUGAGGCCGGGAAACGAGGCCCUCACACAAGGAACACACCGGUAAUGCACAUUUGUGUCUCGGUCAGACCGCGUCGUGGAGGAGUUCCGCGUGCAGCUCGUCAAGCUGCAGGUGAGUGAGUGAGUGAGUGAGUGAGUCCGACAUGCGUUCAAGCCAGGCUUGCGCACAUUCGUCUGGCUGUGCUGUCGUGUUUGUAUCUGUUACUGUGUGUGUUGGCUGUUUGGUUGUGUCAGGAGGACCGUGACAAGUGCAAGCAGUACAUAGCGGAGAUCUACGCCCGCAUCGAUGUCAUCAACAAGGUAGGCAGAGGUAAUGAUAUUGGGUGGGUGAGAGGGAGGGCCCCGCCUAGACACUCACUUGAUGCUGGCUGUGUGUGCCGUGUGUGCCGUGUGUGCUUUGCUUGCAGGAGAUAAACAAGGAGAAGGCGCUGGAAGACAUGCAGCGGGUAAAGAGACAGAGAACGGGAAAGAGACACUGACUGAAAACCGACGACCAAAGGCGUCCCCAUGCCUGUUUCAUGGCUGUGCUCAGGAGUGUGCUGAGAAGCUGAUGCAGAAGAGUGGAGGCCAACACAUGUAUGUGUGUACGCAACGAGACACCAACGUCCAGCCAGCCAGAGACAUGCUGUCCAUGCUGUCUGCAGUCAGCAGCCGUUCCGUGUGGGUCAGCACUCGCUGUAUCUUGGAGAAACUCUCAAGAAGCACGGCCACCUUGCCCCUGGCGGGCCCACCAAGCUGUCAGCGGGGGACACGAGAGAAGUGGACGACGAAGAGGCCUACGAUGCUCUCGGUCGGUGAGCAUACACCACCCAGAACCCUUCCCUAGUGCAAAAUUAACGUUAUGUGCCUUUUCUCUCGCUUGUCUGUUUCGGCUUGGCUGAUAAGGAGACCUUCCUAGUCCGGAGGAGCUCUCCAAGAGCAGCGGGCAACGGCAGCUUGUGUAGCUAGCGGGAGGGCAAGGAGGGGGAUGGAAGCUUGUUGUUGAUAUGAUCCUUGGGUGGAUGAUCGUUUGUUCGUUGUUCUGCACUGCCUUGCAUACGUGGCGGAGAGGUGUGUGGUGUGGUUUGCUGAAUGCAGUCGUGGCAGCGAGGAGAGAGGGGGGUCGACGGGCAUGGAUGGAUGGAUGCGGGGGAUGACAUUCACGGCACACAAUGAGACCUGAGACGCAUGAGGGUGGAGGGGACUGAGGGGAGAAGGGAGAGGGCUCUUUGAC